ACGCAGUGACGAACACAAAGUUUUAAGUUACGCUUACCGACAUCAUCGAGCCUGUAAAAUACCGUCAGCUAUGCAGCGAUAUGCUUGCGGUAGUGGCCUACAACAGCGCACAGUCGCGCGGCCCUGCAUACGACAGCAAUCAUGCCGCCCAGCGCGCGCGCUGGUGCGACCGUUGGCAUAUCGGACCUCGGCAAGGGAGGCUGGCCUUACGCCGGAGCAAGUGAAGGCGUGCCAGAAGAAGUACGAGGACGAAUACAAUGCCGUAUCCAGUCGGCUGACUGGCGUCGUCCGCCGAGCCGUCAACGCCUCAGUCACCGACGUGCUCCUCCGCCAGCAGGCAGCCCAUCAUGCCGAGCACACCCCCGCCUCCAGCUCUGAAGCCGGCGUGAUCCGUGAAGUCGGCGGCAUCUCCUCCCAGCUCUGGGAGGCCACGGAGCGCGUCGAUCGCGCCACAGGCAUCGGUCGCCGCCUCGGCGCCGGCGAGGCGGCGGAGGCGGCAGCCGCGGUGCGGCAGGAGACUGAUGAGCAGGAGGUGCCCGAGGACUGGAGCUCUGCCACGCCGUGUGAGAUGGCGUCUGCCUUCAUGCGGUGCCUGAACGAGCAGAUGAGCGAGCUCCGGUACGGCACCGGCGCUGACGAGGAGGCGGAUGAGGUGCUGGGUGCCUUCCCCAGCUCGGCGCUGCUCAGCAGCAGCGGCGGCGGCGUGCAGGCUGUGAUUGAGAAGGUGUCGCAAGCCACAAGCAUCGCGCGCGGCCCCGCCGGCCCGGCGGCGGUGCGCGCUCUGCGCUCCCUGACGGCAGCUGUGGGUCGUAUCGCCACGCAGCCCAACGUGUACGUGCCGCGAGACAAGGCCUCCUCCGUGAUGACCUGCCUGACUGGCAUUGCGGAGGCGCUGGAGGGCGCCGUGCGGCACACCACCACCGCCACCGGCGCGGCUGAUGACCCCGAGCUGUCACCGUCGUCCUCCGUCGACUUCUGGGCCGAGUAUGUGGAGUACGCGGCGCAGCAGCGCGGCACCGCCCUGCACCCGGCGGCCACUGCGGCGGCGGAGGCGCAUGAGAGCGGCGUGUCGCUGGAGGCGGCUGCGCUGCUGCGUGAGGCCGCGGCGGUGCUGGACUGCAUCGCAAGCAAGUCGUGCGACUUGCCGUCCCGCCAGGCGGCGGCGGCGGCGGUGCUGAACGCGCCCAGCCACCCGCUCAUGUCCUUACUGGAGACGCGCCUGUACGCGGGCGCUAGCUGGAGGUCCGACUCAGCGGCCGAGAUCGCGGCCUCUCUGGUGGACCUACUUGCCUAUGCGCUGUCGCCCGCGCGCGCCGGCAACACAUUGGCGCCCAGCGGCCGGGAGGCGCGCAACAUGGCGUGCAGCACCCUGCGGGCUUUGGCGUCGGCGCAGAAGUCUCUGGCGGGCACGCUGCGCGACCACGACGCCGACCCCGCGUCCGCGAGCAGGCUGCUGGCCGCGCUGGCGGAGGCGCUGGGCGCCGCGGCCAUCGCCCGUGACACCUUCAACCCCACGCGCGGCCCGCGCCCCGUGGCCAUGUUUGGCGAGGCCCAGCUGCUGGCGGGCCUGAGCCGCAUGUGCACCGGCGAGGCCAUGGCGAUGGCGGCGCAGUCCCACGACUCCAUCAACAUCACGCCCAGCGACGCCAGCCUGGUGCUGGAGGUGUUGGCGGAGCAGGGCCGCGUCGUGGCGGAGGCACACCGGGAGCAGAUCAGUCAGGUUCUGAACGCACUGCGUGCCGUGCCGACAUCGCUUCGCGAGCUGGCGCAGCUGCCGGGCGAGCUCAUGGUUCAGCAGCAGGCCGCGGCCGCAGCCUCAGCCGCGCGCGCCGCCCGCCGCGCCGCCUCCACUGCAACCGGUAGUGCUGCCGAGACCCUCAACCUGCUGCGCCGUACCGCCGCCGGUUAUGGUCCAGUGGCAGCGGCUGGUGCCGCGGCGGCCGUGGCGGAUGACACGCAGUCGGGCUUGGGCGGAACCAUCGCCCAGCAGCAGCAGCAGCAGCAGCAGCAGACAGACGCUUCCAAGAGCAGCAGCUGAGGUGGUUGAAGUCAGUCAAGAAGGGUUGCCCUAGGUUGGCAUCGGUUGCUGAGGUGUUGGACAUACCCUGACGCUCCCCGAUUUUUCUCAUUGUGCAUCGAACAUGCGCCUCUUUUACUUUGGUUUUGUAUGACCACCGGCAUUGUCAGACGCGCUUGUUGUUCCGUGGCCCACUGGCCCGCCCUAAGCCCUUUUUGUCAUGGGGUGCGUUUUUUGGGCAGCGUUUCGCGCGGCAACCGGUGAAUAACCUGACAUGUUCAUUCGCCUGAUGCUGUUUCCACUCAAACCGUAGCAGCCACCAUCCAAUAGUGCACGUGUACGUAGGUUCCACUGUGCACCGGUAGGGUUGACGGGGACAGUGCACGGAUUCUCGUGUGGCUGGCAACUUAAGGGCCGUCAGGCUUUACUCUGUGGAGCAACGCUACCUAGUCCGAGCAGGAUGGCGGGACCGGUGCCUGAUUCAUUGGUGCAAGAGGUGCCAUACCGUUGAUGUGUUAUUCAAAUGCAGACCAGGUGGAUACGGUACGUUGGCGAUGUCUACGUGUAUGGAGGAACAGAUGUGGAGGUGGGCAGUGUGUAGGUGGCCCCAGGCAGGGUUGCGCCAAGGCCGGCGCGUGCGAGAAUGAAAGCACCAAUGGGAAUGCGGGUGUACGGCCUGCGCCCAGUAUUGGUAGCCGUGGAACGGGUGGUGUGGCAUGGUGGAAGGGAAUACAUGCCACACGGUACCGCCUGAUCCGUACUAGGAAUCUAGGAUUCGCCUGAUCCCACUAGGAUUCGUAAAAAACACAAUAAUCUGGGGCCGACAGUCUACUGUACGACGGUGCUAGUCUCAUCUCCCGACAUGUUCUCGGCGUCUGGACGCACGCACGCAUGCACGCACGGACAUCGGUGAUCCUGCGGGCUUCGUCUUUGAAGGAUUGCUUCGCCCGUGCGUGAGGCGUAACCCCCCACAACUGCGGCCAGUGGAGCGUGGAGUGUGUGCACGCCUCAACUCUGGUCUCAACUUUGGCAGUCGUAGAUGUGUGUACGUAUGCGCGGAAUGUCCCUGCAGCGGACCCGAGGCUGGGAGAACUCACCCACGGGUU